GUGAUUUAUUAGAAGACACCAUGUCGAUGGCAUAUCUGUUUCAAUUCAGCGUGAGUGGCGUCAUUUUGUGCGUUUGUGCUUUCCAAAUCUCCGUGCUCAAAUUGUCUCUAGCUCUAUGAACCUGAGAUAAUAUUUCUUUCAGAUUACUUAGUCUGAGUUUUCGACAUUUGCAUUCAUUAUUAUCUUCUUUCUGUGCAUGUUCAUUGAAAUCGUAUACGUAAUCUAUACGUUGUUUCUUCGAUCGAUUUUGUUAUACAAAAGUAUUAGGCUCACUGAAGCCGCUUUUCAUUCAAAUUCGAUUGAACAGAGCCCAUAGUUCAAACGGUUGCUUUUGAUGUUCGUCCAAGGAACCAGCAGACCAAUUCGGAUUUAUGCUGGCGGAUUAUUUGAGUUGAAUAAAUUUUUAUCGGUAAAAUUCAUCGUUCUGACAAAAACUAAAUUUAAUUCUAAAUGAACAUUUUUUCUUGAAAAAUUAGUCCGUUCGAAUGGCCUAUUCAAUGUUUGCGCUGCUUCGUAACAUCCAGCACGUUUAAUAUUGUCGCUUCCGCCACACUUUCGACGUACUCAACGACAACCCUAUCAAAUCAAAUGGAGUGGAGUUUUUGCUAAGCAAAACAAUCAUCUCAAAAAUUUUCAAACAACAUAUCAAAACAAUUACUUGCACAAAAUGAAAAUAUGAUAGACCCUCUGUGGUGUUAUCACCUCGUUGUAGAUCUAUUUUUAACUUUCAUACGGUAGCAAUUGUGCAACACAACGCAUCAAUAAUAAUUAAGCCAAAAUGACACAGUCACAAACUGAAAUUUUAGCAUUUGGUGACUGGCUCAUUAUUGCUCGCCUGUUUUUAUUACAUAAUAAAGUUCUUAUUGAAUGAAUUUAUGAUGAUAAGGGCAAAAGACGUAGAAAAACCACUUGUUUGAUAGGCGGUUCUGCGGUAAACAAAGACUUUUAGACAAGACACAACAAAAAUUCAACAAACUGGUAUCAGUAUUUUCAUACCUAAAACUAAUUACAACUACAAGGACACAUGUAUUCAUUCAUAUCAAAAGGGACAACAGAUUGCUUGGCCGUAAUGAUUGUUUUUUGUAUACAAGCCGGGAGAAUUUGAAUCUCUUCCGUUGAUAAGAGAUUGAAAUAAAUAUUUUACCGUUUAAUUUUGAUAAUGAACAAUGACAAAAACAUUUUUACUCCAUAGUCCAUACACUAGAAAUUAUCUGUUCCUAACCGCUUUGCAAGCGAGUAGGAUCCAAAUAGGCAGAGCUGUUAUAGGCACCCAAUCGGUGCCGGCACUUAAAUUUUGAGUGCCGCACCUAGUACAAUCACAAAAAAUAAAUUUCGAUAAUUUAUAAUUUAAUAUUUUUUUCAGCAAUAUAAAAUCAUAUUAUUUCUUUAAAACAAUAGCAAAUUUGAAAAAAUUUCAAAAAUACUCAAGAAUUAUACUUUCAAAAAGAGCUCGGUGCCGCACCGAUUCAAGUGCCCGCACUUUUGCAGUGCCUAUAACAGCUCUGCAAAUAGGCAAUUACAAGAGUACGACGAUUAAAUUUAAUCAGAAAACAAAGUUCCUGCACUGAUACGAAUGAUUAUUAUUAUUCUUUUCGAAUGCGUUUGCUUCAUAUGUUAGCUAUAUAUUUUGCGACUUCACGAGGAAAUCAGCAGAAUUGUCGUGACAGUAUCGUUGAAAGGGUCACACCCAUCAAGUGCAAUUUGAAUAAGUUUGUUGAGUGUUGUCUUUUUUUAAAAAAAUUUUUUUAGUCAGAAUGUCGGUAAAAAAUGAGAAAAUUGGAAUUUUCGGUAGUGGUUUGAUCGGUGGAUCAUGGGCCAUGAUAUUUGCAAGUGUUGGCUACCAAGUGCAGAUUUACGAUAUUGUACCUGAGCAAAUUAGUGGUGCACUCAAGCGUAUCGAAAAUGAAUUGAAGCAGUUGGAAAAAGAGAAUAUAUUGCGUGGCACUUUAACAGCCCAACAGCAAUUCAAAUGUAUCACUGGCACCACCGAUAUUAAGGAAUUGGUGAAGGGAGCGGCUUAUAUUCAAGAAUGCGUCCCAGAAAAUAUUGAGCUCAAACGAAAAAUCUACGCCCAAUUGGAUGCUAUCCUCGAAGAUCAAACCAUUCUCGCCAGUUCGACGUCGACGUUUUUGCCGUCUGUGCUAAGUGCUGAAAUGAAACGCAAAAGCCAAGUGAUCAUCGCGCAUCCUGUUAACCCACCGUACUAUGUACCACUGAUUGAAGUUGUGCCAGCACCAUGGACAAAACCAGAAAUCGCACUCAAAACCAAGCAACUGUUGCUGGAUGUUGGCCAAAAACCCGUUCUAUUCACUCGAGAAAUUGAAGGUUUUGCUGUUAAUCGAGUGCAGUAUGCCAUAUUAAACGAAGUCUGGCGUUUAGUUGCCAGCGGUGUGUUGAAUGUUCGUGAUAUUGAUUCAGUUAUGUCCGAUGGCUUGGGAAUGAGAUACGCAUUUUUGGGACCGCUUGAAACUGCCCACUUGAAUGCCGAAGGAUGGGCGAACUAUUGCGAUCGGUACCACCAAUCCAUUUAUGAUGUCAGCCAAACGUUUGGUGAAAUUCCAAAAAUGGAAGGUCCUGUUGUUGCUGAAAUUGCAAAACAAUUGGAGGAAAUGUGCCCAAUAAACAAACUGCCAGCGCGACGUGAAUGGCGUGACAAUUGUCUGACCCAACUCAGUCAACUCAAAAAGAAAAUCUAAAUUGUAAUUCAACUACUGGAUAGUUGUAAAAUUAUAUAAUGACGAUAUUUUUUUUCUAAACUUUUCCUUUUGACGAUAAUUUCAACGUAUAUUUUAUAGAUUCAGUUAAAAUCUGUUUGUAAACUCACAUCAAAGUAAAAUGAUGAAAUCGAAUUGAAAAAA